GAAUAGAGCAGCGUGUAUUAUGUAAUCAAACAGAGCGGCUUAGGUAUCAGUUCCUGUGGAAGUGAGAGGUCUUCCGGUACGUGAGGAGAGAAAGCUGCAAAUACGCAGAUUCAUUUAUUUACCAGCUAGAGUGCGGCCGAAAAAACAAGCUCAUCUAAUUCAAGUGCUUUUCCCGUGUUUUGACAUGGCCGAGCCACGCAGCCCGGUGUCCGCUUCUGUACCCCACAAGCUGAUGGUGCUGCCCACCCCAGAGGGCUCAACGCUUGAGAUGGACCCGCUGGAGUAUACCCUCCGCAAGCGUCUGCCGCGCAAACUGCCCAAACGACGGAACGACGUCUACGUCAACAUGAAAACAGACUUAAAGGCCCAGCUGGCGAGGUGUCAGAAACUUCUGGACGCUCAUAGGGAAAUCUGCAUCCACGGUCUGGGACUGGCCAUCAACCGGGCCAUUAACAUCGCCCUGCAGCUUCAGACGUCCAGCCAGGGUGCGUUGCAGCUGGCGGCCAACACAUCCACCGUAGAGCUCAUAGAUGAUCUGGAGCCCGAUAUUCUUUCAAUUGUCUGCUGUGUGUCAUUUUCACUCGCUGAAAAAAAAACAGAUCAUCAUUAA